AUGGACCCAUUGUCUGUUAUCGGAAGCAUAGCCGGCGUUGCCCAGGCAGGAGCAUCACUUUCGAAGAUGAUAUAUGAGAUAAUAUCCACGGUUCGCGGAGCGCCGAAAGAGAUUGCAGACAUUGCGCGGGGUAUCGCCGACCUCUCUGUGAUCCUCAGUGAACUCAAAGGCGUCUUGAAUGAUGGUUUGCAGCUGUUCCGACGAAAACUGAUUGGGCGUAUUCGCUCCGCUAUGAGAAGAAUCGAUAUGAUCCAUAACGAGAUUGGGAGGCUAAUGGACAUCAACGGCGGCGUAGGGCGAUUGAAAUGGGUGUUCAGACGAUCGAUGAGCGUGCAAUUGCUUCACCAGGUUGAAGCUCACAAAAACGCUAUCAACAUGAUCCUGCAUACAAUGACGCUUGCAGUCCAGAUUAAACUGACAGCCAGCACAAAGCAAACCAGCGCUAGCGAUGCUUCCGUAGACGAGAGAGACUUGAAAAUACAGCAGACAGAAAAUGUUGUUCAGGCAUCCUACCAAUCCUUGAGAGAACUCAAAGAAACGGAGUUCGCGCCUGAUCGAUCAGGAGAAGACGGGACCGAUGAUGAACCUGCUGCGGAAGACUAUGGACAAAAUCAGUUGAUGCUGUGGAGAGAUGCCACGGGAGACACAGCGGGUUGGCUGUAUGCCGUUGUUUUCUCUGCCUACGCAGAAUGCCGUGCGGAAGGGGAAUAUGAUCAUGACCACGGUGACCCCAGUGAGAAAGAUGACAACACACACUCGCCAUCUUUCAACUCCGGGCAAGGUUGGGUCGGUGAUCUGUCUUUGAGGGUGACUCAAAAGCCAAUCAAUCCACGGAAGGUGGUGGAUGAAUUACUUGCCGAAUGGACCGAGCUUUCCAAUGACGAGAUUAAAGGUUCCAUCUCGGAGGAUGUCGACGGACAAGAAGAAGACGACAGUGGAAUCUUAAAGAACAUUGACGCGCAAGAAGCACCCACUCCUCAGAAGCAGACAGAGAGGCAGGUACAAGAGCCUGUGCAGCAGAUGCGAACGUCAUACGAUAACCGGCACACUGGAGGGGUCGAAGUGAUCGACUUCAAAGAUGCCGUUGGAAGGAGGUUUACUCUCCCAUACCACGAGAUACGACGCUGGAGGGAUAUGGAAGAAAUUGUAAAACAAGCUUUCUUACACGUUGAUAUUGUCGGGCCUCUUGUCCAAGAGGGCCGCUACGAUCUAAUAGGGUCAGACGGGCGCAUAAUUCUCCCGCUUCUGUGGGAAACGGCGAUUAAGCCGGGGGAGAUCAUCGAGAUGAGAAUGUGGCCCAUGGACAAGCCAAAUAUUGCUCCGAUUCCUUCGCGGCCGUUUGUGCCACAACCGUACCCUACACAGCAGCAGGCUCGGAAUGGAAUACAGAAUGCGCAUUCUCCAUGGCGGCCCCCUAUGCCGGCUCCAGGACAGUCCACGAUACCUCCACUUGUGGCAGGAGCCGGCUUAGGAAACUCUACGGCACAGAGCCCUUCUCAGCUAUUUCCCGUCCAGCCUCCGCCUCCGAGCCCAGCUCCACCAUACCCCUCGAAUGCACGUUCAACUGGUCCCCUAUUCCGACCCUCCCAAGGUCCGCCUUCGGUUCCAUGGACCCCAAAGUCCACUGUGCCGAAUUUGGAACGAAACCGAAGACGCAAGACAGAAAAAAGAAGAAGAGCACCUGUCUCUGCUCAAAGUUCGCAGACAUCUUUCACAUCCGAGUCAAGCGAUGACGAGGACAAUGAGUUAACUGGCGAGGCGGCCAGCGCUCCCACCAAAUCCCGCAAGACUGAGAAGCCUGAGGAUCAGAUCGAGGAGCCCGAAAAAAAGAGAGAGAACAUCGUUACACGUUUUGGACUGUGGCUCAGUAAGUAA